GUGGAGGUGGUGGUUAUGGCAACUAUUCAAACCAACAAUCAGAUACUAUAGUUGAAAUGGGAACAUUUGUACAUGCAUGUGAAGGUGACAUGGUAUGUCUAUCUGUGAAUCCGAAAAUACCCUAUUUUAAUGCACCAAUAUAUUUAGAAAAUAAAAACCAAAUUGGUAAAGUUGAUGAGAUACUGGGGCCUAUGAAUCAUGUAUAUUUCACGGUUAAAUUACAAGAGGGUAUAAUUGCAACAUCAUUUAAAGAAAAUGAUAAAGUUUAUAUUGGCGAUGAUAAAUUACUUCCAUUAGAAAGGUUCCUACCAAAACCUGCUGCACCAAAACCUCCAGGUUUACUAUAA